AUGAUAUUUGGUGAAGAGUCAGUUGUUAGUAGAGACUGGGAAGAACAAGGAAGGAAUGCUGAAAGGAACGGUGUUCAAGGUGUAGUUAUAUCGGGUGCUCAUUGGGAGAAGGUCGGUCAAGAUUUAGUUCACGUAUCCAUAAAGGAACCACCAGGAAUGAAUCCAAUUUCAUGGGUGGCGAAAGAAAAAUAUGAAAAUUAUCGUAUCAAUUGCAGCAAGGAUCUCGGCAUAAUAUUCUUAAAGAUGGAGGAAUGA